GCUUUACCCACACUGUAUUCUUACUCUUUCGUACAGCCCUCCAUGUUAUUCAGCAAUUCCAGCAACGACAGUCUCACGACCGUAUGGCAGGGUCGUGAUAGCAAGAGAGCAUUCUCUGUCUUGUCAGACAAACAUAUGUCUGAGUCCCUCCAGAUGAUGCUGGAAACUGUGACCUCCCUGAUAUUGAUGCGACAUGUGCUGUGUCAGUCUAUCCUAGGGAUAAAUAGCAGUCUUGAUGCCGAGGCCAGCGAUAGCGAUCUGUAUGACUCUGAAAUGGUGAUGGCCAUUGAUAAAACAAUCAGUUCCCUGCGCGAGUGUAUCGAGCAGCACAUGAACAGGUUACCUUUGUCCGACACAAAGCUCUCGAUCAUAUUCGAGUUCGAGCGAUACUUUGAGUCAGCGGCGGGUGCAAAAAUUGCAGAGUUUAAUGAGUUUGAGUUUUACCAUGAUCCUAGGGAAUACCUCGACUCGUUCGUCCCCUCGUAUGUUGUUGACGCGUCCACUGCAAGUUUGAACUGGCGCUCGUUCAUAAUGCAGUAUCCGCUGCCACUUGUCAACUACUAUGUUGAGCAUGAUUUGGCGGAUGUGACCUCAUGGGAUACUGCAACUUCGAUGCUUGAUGCUGCGUUCAAGUCAUCUCUUCCUGAAGCCAGGUUAUCCAGACAUCGCUUGGCGCUGAGAGAUGUGGAGGAGUACAAUGCGAUUCUCGGGCUACACUCGCAGUACGCCAUCAUUGCGCUGCUGACCAAGCACCAGAUCGGCCAUGUUGGCAAAUUCAACUUCCAUGACUUGGAAUAGGCCUUUCCAAUUUUUUUCCUCACCAGCCAGAGAUUCACGUGAUCGAACCACAAACCUAUGGAUGGCGAGUGACGCAGAUGUUUCGAUUUGUGAUUUUGCGCCCGUUUUGAGGUGUUUCGGAUACCCAUCACAUAUUUAUUGCCUUGCGUUCCCUCUAUUUCUCCCCAGCCCUUUCCCCACUUGUGCAUACAUCUAGACACGGCUGUCUAUACAUUAUAUUAACACCAC